UCCAAAUGCAGAUCACCCACGAUGCCUUAAACGCCCCUUUGCCCAUUCUGCGAGCUAUGUAUGAGCUGCAGAUGAAGAGGACCGACUCGUUCUUCCUGGAGGUCCAGAAGAGAUUUGAUGGAGAAGAGAUAAAAACGGAUGAGACGAUCCGUACGCUGGCCCAGAAGUGGCAAUACAGCAGGCGGCCUCGGUCUGAGGAGCGGAACACCAAGGCUGUGGACACUGACAUGAUUGUGGUGUCUUGUAUGUCUAAACCGAGUCACUGUGAAAAGGCCACCGAGGAGAUAAACGUCGUAGCCCAGAAGCUCAUCACCAACUCAGAGAGCGACCUCCAGCUCAGCUACGCCAAACAGAGACGCACCAAAAGCUCCGCUCUGCUGCACAAAGAGCUGGACGUGCGCAGCAACCGAGCCGUUCGUCAGUACCUGGUGAAGGUCAACCAGGCCAUCGCCACGCUGUACGCUCGCCACGUGCUGGCGUCGUUGCUGGCCGACUGGCCCGCGGACGCGCCGAUGAGCGAGGAGGCCCUGGAGCUGAGCGGGGCCUCGCACAUGGCUUACAUCUUGGACAUGCUGAUGCAGCUGGAGGAGCGGCCGUCGUGGGAGAAGAUUCUUCAGAGGGUGCUGAAGGGUUGCAGCCACAGCAUGCUCUGCAGUCUUUCUCUCACUGCUUGCCAGUUCAUGGAGGAGCCUGGCAUGGCAGUGCAGGUCAGAGAGUCCAAACACCCGUACGAUAACAACACCAACUUUGAGGACAAGGUGCACAUCCCUGGCGCCAUCUACCUGUCCGUAAAAUUCGAUUCGCGCUGCUACACAGAGGAAG